GCAUGUGGGUGGGUAUGCUACAAAAAGUUAUUAUUAUACAUCUAAACUCUUUUAUUUACAAAUAAAUUUUAGAAUUUUAUCCCACAAUUUAAAGAUCAAGUCAAGAACCAAUAAAUUUGUUGUAAUGUUAUAUUAUAUGUAGACUUGUUCCAUAAAGUAGAGUUUUGGGUGGCUGAUUGUGAGGAUCUAAAAUGUUGGUUCGUUCAUUGAGUCCAUAGGGAGGGAGGAGGGUAUAGUACGUACUGAUUCAUUCAUUCAUUCACUCACUGCAUCUGUUUUUUGUCUUUACAAUUUUUAAUGUUAAUAGAAAACAACAUUAUUAACAUCAAAUACUAAUUAUUUAUGCAUGGUAGAGAUAUAUAUAUUUUUGAGGAAAUGUAUUUGACAAUCAGAAUUAGGAGCGUUUCUAGCUAGCUAAUGGUAUAAUAUAAUCAUCAUCUUCCAAAUUAAUCAAUCCUCUCCUCCUAAGGAAAAUAAUACAAUCUUAAAAAAAUUCCCAGCCAUCAUCACCUCACGUACGACAAUAAGAUCGUGGUUUACAUUCAGAAUAGGCGAAUCUUCUCCGCCUACCAUUUUGAGGGGGGGCUAGCUAGCAAUUAGCAUUUCUUGGCGCUGCUGCUGCUGCUGCGACUAUAUAUAUAUAUAGUGGCAAUUAAUUGUGAGAGUCAUUUUAAUUUGGAUUUAGGAGGAUGGCGGAUAAUAAUCUUAUUACUACUAGUACUACUACCAUACAAUCUGCGCCAGGAAGCUCAGGGUAUUUGGAAUUGUAUCCUGAACGCAAAAUGUCCUUUUUUAAAAAUCCCUAUAUUCUUGGUCUCGCUGCUGUCGCUGGCAUUGGUGGUUUGCUUUUUGGUUACGACACAGGUGUGAUAUCAGGAGCUCUUCUAUAUAUAAAAGACGAUUUUGAAUCGGUUAGAGAAAGUAGUAUGCUGCAGGAAACAAUAGUGAGCAUGGCAAUAGCUGGUGCAAUAGUUGGAGCAGCAACAGGUGGUUGGAUCAACGAUGCUUACGGACGGAAAAAGGCAACUCUAAUUGCAGAUGUUAUCUUCAUUAUUGGAGCAUUUGGUAUGGCUGCUGCACCUGAUCCUUACAUUCUCAUAAUUGGACGCCUUCUUGUUGGUUUAGGCGUCGGUAUUGCUUCUGUCACAGCUCCCGUCUACAUUGCGGAAGCAUCGCCUUCCGAAAUCAGAGGUUCAUUAGUCAGUACUAAUUCUCUCAUGAUCACCGGCGGACAACUCUUAUCUUACAUAGUUAACCUCGCCUUUACUCAUGUCCCCGGUACUUGGCGUUGGAUGUUGGGUGUUUCGGCCGUCCCUGCACUUAUUCAAUUCAUUCUCAUGCUUUUACUUCCUGAAUCCCCUAGAUGGCUCUUCAUGAAGAAUAGGAAAAAUGAAGCUGUUGAUGUUAUUUCCAACAUAUAUGACUUGGCUCGUCUUGAAGACGAAAUUGAUUUUCUAACGGCUGAGGCAGAACAAGACAGACACAAAAAUAAGAAUGUUAAAUUCGGGGAUGUUUUUAAAUCUAAGGAAAUCAGAUUAGCGUUCAUGGUUGGAGCAGGACUUAUGGUAUUCCAACAGUUUACUGGCAUUAACACAGUGAUGUACUACAGUCCAACCAUUGUUCAAAUGGCUGGUUUUCGAUCUAAUGAGUUGGCUCUACAAAUCUCACUCUAUGUUGCUGCAAUGAAUACUGUUGGAACAGUUCUUGGUAUUUACCUCAUUGAUCAUGCAGGGAGGAAGAUAUUAGCUCUUUGCAGCUUAGGAGGAGUGUUUGCGUCUUUGAUUCUCUUGUCUGUGGCAUUCUCAAAUCAUUCAUCAGCAGCAGCAGUAUCAAAUAUUACCGGAUGGCUUGCGGUUUUGGGUUUGAUACUAUAUAUUGCAUUUUUCUCCCCCGGGAUGGGACCGGUGCCGUGGGCAAUGAACUCAGAGAUAUAUCCUAAAGAAUAUAGAGGAAUUUGUGGGGGUAUGUCAGCUACUGUGUGUUGGGUUUCCAAUCUCAUUGUGUCUCAGACAUUUCUUUCUAUUGCUGAAGCUUUAGGCACUGGUCUCACUUUCUUGAUUCUUGCUGUCAUUACCGUGCUUGCGUUUCUUUUUGUGCUUAUCUUUGUUCCUGAGACUAAAGGAUUGACCUUUGAUGAGGUUGAACUGAUAUGGAAAGAGAGAGCUUGGGGAAGCACCAACAUUAACAACAUCAGAAACAAUAACAUCAACAACAACACCAACAACAGAAAUAACUCUGACUCGCAAAAUCUUCUUGGGAGGGACAAUGAUUAAUAAUCCUAGCUAGCUAAAUUAUUUAUUUUCCUAUAAAAAUGAAUAACACAGUACAUGUGUAAACUUGAUAGGAAAAUUUGAUAGUUUUGAGCAUUGGGAAUGCUGAGGAAGAAAAUGCUUGAUUCGGCCUUUUGUUUCUUUGAGUUAUUAUAUCUGUAAAAUUAGUAUUUUCAAGCAAUACAAAAUAGAGUAAAUUCCAACAAUAAGAUUGAAAACUGAGUCAAUAUAUACAUUAUUUAGUGUCAAUCUUACACAUUACAUUUAUUUCAAUCAAAAUUCUCCAUUUUAGCAU